GGGCCCAACCCGAAGCAACCGCUUAAACCCUCCAUGUCCAGCCCAAUCACUUCCAGUUUGCGCCAAACCCAGUCAUAGCAUUCGUCGCGGUUUUGAUUUCAGCUCCAGAAUUUCACAGAGCUCAAAAUGUGCGGGGACGCAACGAACUGGGACGAAGAGUCCUACAGAGAAAGCAUCCUAAAAGAGCGAGAGAUCCAAACCCGAACCGUUUUCAGAACCGCCUGGGCUCCCUCCCUUAACUCUAACCCGGACUCCAUCGUCGUCGCCUCCAGCGACGGAUCCGUCUCCUCCUACUCCAUCUCCUCCCUCGUCUCCAACCUCCCGCUGGGUUUCAGCAAUGUGAAAGCUCCGUAUUUGUUGAUAGCGGAACCGAGUUGCUUCCUUCGAGCGCAUGAGGGGCCCGCAUAUGAUGUUAAGUUUUACGGUGAAGGGGAAGAGUCUAUGCUGCUAAGCUGUGGGGAUGAUGGUCGGAUUCGAGGAUGGAGGUGGAAGGAUUGCGUACAGUCGGACUCCGAGCAAUUGAAGCCAGUACUUGACCUGGUGAAUCCUCAACAUAAGGGUCCUUGGGGGGCAUUAUCUCCAAUUCCUGAAAACAAUGCUCUUGCUGUUAAUAAUCAAGGAGGAUCCAUUUUCUCUGCUGCUGGUGAUUCUUGUGUCUAUUGCUGGGAUGUGGAAACAGGACAAGUGAAAAUGAUCUUUAAGGGGCACUCAGACUACUUGCAUUCCAUAGUUGCCCGAAACUCUACAAAUCAGAUAAUAACUGGUUCGGAGGAUGGGACAGCACGUAUAUGGGAUUGCAAAAGUGGAAAGUCUGUUAAAGUGAUUGAGCCAGCAAAGAGUACUAAAUUGAAAGGGUCCUGUGUCAGUUGCAUUGCUCUGGAUGCAAGUGAAAGCUGGUUGGCUUGUGGUAGCGGUCGGAGUUUAUCAGUAUGGAACCUUCCUGCUUCUGAAUGCAUUUCAAGGACUUCAACUCAUGCAUCUGUACAGGAUGUAGUAUUUGAUGAAAAUCAAAUAUUAGCAGUUGGAGCAGAGCCUCUACUUAGCCGUUUUGACAUAAAUGGGGUGAUUCUUUCACAAAUGCAAUGUGCUCCUCAAUCGGCCUUUUCUGUCUCAUUACAUGCAUCUGGGGUUACAGCAAUAGGAGGUUACGGAGGAGUUGUGGAUGUUAUUUCCCAGUUUGGAAGCCAUCUCUGCACGUUUGGCUCUUACAAAUCGACAUCUCUUUUUUCUUCGAACCAAUCGUCAUCAUCAUACACAGUCAUGGCGGCACCUGAAGGAUCACAAUUUGAUACUCAUCAGUUUGACAACAGGAUGAAUGAGCUGCUUACUGCAGAAGGACAAGAUUUUUUUACAUCAUAUGAUGAAGUUUACGACAGUUUUGAUAACAUGGGCUUGCAAGAGAACCUGCUCAGGGGAAUUUAUGCCUAUGGUUUUGAGAAACCGUCGGCCAUUCAGCAGAGGGGAAUUGUCCCCUUCAUCAAGGGUCUUGAUGUGAUUCAGCAGGCCCAGUCUGGAACUGGGAAGACAGCGACUUUCUGUUCUGGUAUUCUUCAACAGCUUGAUUAUAGUUUGUUGGACUGCCAGGCCUUGGUUCUGGCACCCACUCGAGAGCUUGCCCAACAAAUAGAGAAAGUCAUGAGAGCCCUUGGAGAUUAUCUUGGUGUGAAGGUGCAUGCAUGUGUUGGUGGAACUAGUGUUCGCGAGGACCAGCGCAUUCUGUCUAGUGGAGUUCAUGCUGUUGUUGGAACUCCAGGACGUGUUUUUGACAUGCUAAGAAGGCAGUCACUUCGCCCUGAUCAUAUCAAGAUGUUUGUUCUUGAUGAGGCUGAUGAAAUGCUCUCUCGGGGUUUCAAGGACCAGAUCUAUGAUAUAUUCCAGCUUCUCCCACCUAAGAUUCAGGUUGGUGUGUUCUCUGCCACAAUGCCACCUGAGGCCUUGGAGAUCACAAGGAAGUUCAUGAACAAACCUGUGAGGAUCCUUGUGAAGCGUGAUGAACUCACCCUGGAAGGAAUUAAGCAGUUUUAUGUCAAUGUGGACAAGGAGGACUGGAAGCUUGACACUUUGUGUGAUCUUUAUGAAACCUUGGCCAUUACGCAGAGUGUGAUUUUUGUUAAUACUCGACGCAAGGUUGACUGGUUGACCGACAAAAUGAGAAGCAGGGACCAUACCGUCUCUGCCACCCAUGGAGACAUGGACCAGAACAACAGAGACAUUAUCAUGAGGGAAUUCCGUUCUGGGUCCUCUCGUGUCUUGAUCACCACCGAUCUGUUAGCUCGUGGUAUUGAUGUACAGCAAGUUUCCCUUGUUAUUAACUAUGAUCUCCCUACCCAGCCUGAGAACUACCUCCAUAGAAUUGGUCGUAGUGGACGAUUUGGUAGGAAGGGAGUUGCAAUCAACUUUGUUACAACGGAUGACCAGAGGAUGCUGUUUGAUAUCCAGAAGUUCUACAAUGUGGUGGUGGAGGAGCUGCCUUCAAAUGUUGCUGAUCUCCUCUGAAGAGAUUUGAUUAACCCGGGAAGUUGGUUAAGGAUAGUUCUGCUUAGUAAGUGCGCUGUUUGGCGUUUCUUCCUUCUCUUUUUUGGUCUUUUCAGUCCGGCCACCCCCGCCAUUUUGUGUUUUUCUCUUAUUUUAGUUAUAGGCCUUGGUUCUUCAAUUUGUGGUUGUCGGAAUGAUUAUUUAAGUGGUACCAGUACAUUUGCAAUGUGAAAUCCAUAAUUUCCUGAAUUGGUGUGGUGGCUGACUGUUGUUGCAUACUUUCUAGCUGCUAAACUCGCUAAUGUAUCUAUUUCG